CCCGAGCGGGCUGGGGGAGGAGACCUCCGGGUCGAGAGUUUUUUAGGGAGGAGGAAAAGGCGGGUGCAAGGCUUCCUCCUGAGACCCUCGUUGCUUGGAAUUCCGCCCGCUUUGCGCAGCUGGGAGUCACGACCUCCAGCACAGAACUGCAAUAUGCUAACACUGUGAUGUGCUUUGAUUAUGUCUGGCUUCAAGACAACUGCUGCUCAGCAUCUUGCUACAACUCUAAGACUCACCAGCACAGCAUGGACAUUGCAAGUGUGGAUUUAUGUAUCAAGCCAAAGACCAUUCGUCUGGAUGAGACCAUGCUCUUUUUUACUUGGCUAGAUGGUCAUGUGACUAGAUAUAAUUUGGAUUGGCUGGUGAAAAACAGCUAUGAAGGGCAGAAACAAAAUGUCAUCCGGCCUAGAAUAUUAUGGAAUGCUGAAAUCUACCGGGAAGCUCAAGUUCCAUCUGUGGAUUUUCAGGGCUUCUUAGAAACCAACAAGGGAUUCAAGAAGUUACUGCAAAACUUUCUGCUUUAUGGAAUUGCAUUUGUAGAAAAUAUCCCUCCCACUCGAGACCAUACAGAGAAGUUGGCAAAAAGGAUCAGCUUGAUCAGCAUUAAGGUGUUUCACUGUCUUAAGCAUGAAGGAACAAGAGGCAGGACACUGCUAGUAAAUGGUUUCUAUGCAGCAGAACAGGUACUUCAAAAGGCAUCUGAGGAAUUUGAACUCCUUAGCAAAGUGCCUUUGAAGCAUGAAUAUAUUGAAAAUGUUGGAGAAUGUCACAACCACAUGAUUGGGAUUGGGCCAAUCUUAAAUAUCUACCCAUGGAAUAAAGAGCUGUAUUUGAUCAGAUGUUUGCUGGAAUUUACCAAGGAAGCUCUCUGGACACGGAGUUCACUUUGUGGAAAGGCUUUGGAUAUUAAAUUCAAAUUUUCCAUAGAGGAGAUGCCAGAGUGGGCUCUGGUUCCUGCUGCGCGGAGAGCAGUUGCUGUGCUUGGACCCUCCCACACCUUAAACUGCGGCAGCUGUGUGCUCUGGAGAACUCACCACGUUCCCUGCUCUAGUCUUCUCUCCACACGGCUUAGUCCCGUGCUGCCACUUCUCACCAACUUCAGGCACCUCCUGGCCUAUGUGGAAGUGGAGCUCUGUGUGGGAGGGGUUGUUUCUCAGCACCGGAACAGCAUCGAGAAUCCACAGAGGUUCAUCGCGGAACUCUCAAAAAAGGAAAAAAAACAAGGUGAUCGGGAGAUAAGAUCGCAUUUUCUGGAGAGUGCAAAACAAACAAUAGGGCACAUGGGAGGGCGCCGGCCCAAUGGGCCAGGGAGUGAAGUGGGAUCAGACCCACAGGAGAACUCCUUGCUUCCCCAUCGACCUCCACACCCACCCAUCCAGGGACCUGUCUGA